AUGAUAAAGCAAAAUAAAGAAGGGGAACCAAUUUUCAUCCCGCCAACCAAAAUUUUACAAGAGUUAAAGUAUUUGCACAAAGAAUUGCCAGCAUUUUGUUAUUCUUGGGCUUGGGAAGCCAGAUGUGUUUGUGCAUUUGAAAAAGGAGAAUUCAUUGAAGCAAUAAAAGAGUUGAAAUAAAUUGGUUGCUAAAAGAGAUGUGAAGUGUAUGCAAAAAAACCAAUUCUCAUUGGCAAAAGGUUAUUUAAUGUAAGAUUAAUUUCAUAUGGGGCAUCAUCUCCAAAAAAAAUGUUUUUUGGACCAAACCAUUUAGCUCAUGCAUUUGAUAAGUUGAUGUUUGAUUAUGUCUAUAUAUUUUUGGAGACCCCUCAGAAAACAGCUAAAAAAAUAUAGUUACUUAUAUAAAAAGCAGAAAAUGCAUAAAAUAAUAGACAAAUUGCAAGUUUUAAGGAGAGUUACAAAUUAUUACUGGGAAAGGAAUAUGAAGUAUAGAAUAUGGAGGAAGAAUAGAGUGAAGAACAAGAUUGAUGCAUUAUCAUAAUAUUAA